AGAAUCUGCAGCAUGAAAGUAAUAACAUUGAAGCCUCUGAUAAUUUCUAUUUUCUUCUGUUACAGAUUUAUGCCUGAAAAUAUGUUCCGUCAAAUUAUGUUAGUUCAAUGGACUUUUGUGUUCAUACUGUAUACGAGAUUGGUUUUCGGGCAACAAGUUGUGCCAGGUGCAUGCACCAUAUGUAUUUGCUAUCAGAAUGGAAUUGUAAAUUGUGAACGCCGUCUAUUAACUUCAGUCCCCAACAAUAUCUCGCAAACUACUACAUCUUUAGCACUUUCCUGGAAUUAUUUUACGCACAUUCAACCCGGAUCGUUUGCAUAUCUCUACAAUUUACGAACACUAAAUCUUUACCAUAAUUCCAUUACGGACAUUAAAAGCGGAUGGUUUGCAACUCUCAAAAAUUUAGAAAUAUUGAUUCUUAAAGUUGUGAACUGUUCUGAAGACAGUCAGUGUGGUAAUAAUUCACGUUUUAUUUUCUUUGAAGAGUUCUUAUAA